AUGGCCUCAUAUGCAUCGCGGUCAUUUGGCCGUUCAUUGACUCUGACGCUUCGGGGCCGAGGAGUGCCUUCACUCGGGACGAAACCAUUUUCAUUGGCGAAAUGCGCUCGGGCAUAUUCUAUGUCUGCAGAAAAGCAGCCUCGCCUUCGUCUUGGAAGCAUGGCACCAAACUUCCAAGCCAAAACCACACAUGGCGAUAUUGAUUUCCACAAAUUCAUUGAUAGCUCAUGGGCUAUAUUGUUUAGCCACCCGGCCGACUUCACCCCGGUUUGUACCACGGAACUGGGAGCGUUUGCCAAGUUGAAGGAUGAAUUCGAGAGGCGAGGAGUCAAGAUGAUCGGCCUGAGCGCCAACGAUCUCAAAAGUCACGACAAGUGGAUCAAGGACAUCAAUGAGAUCUCCAGGACGAACCUGCAAUUUCCUAUCAUUGCAGACGCCGAUCGCAAAGUGGCAUUUUUAUAUGACAUGGUGGAUCAGCAAGACCUAGACAAUAUCGACGAAAAAGGUAUUGCAUUUACCAUUCGGUCUGUCUUCAUCAUCGACCCAGCCAAGAAGAUCCGACUGAUCAUGCUCUACCCUGCCUCAACUGGCCGGAAUACAGCUGAAGUCCUCCGGGUCAUCGACGCACUCCAGCUUGGUGACAAAAAAGGAGUAACGACACCGAUUGACUGGGAGAUGGGGCAGGAUGUGAUUGUGCCUCCUUCAGUUUCCACCGAGGACGCGAAGAAGAAGUUCGCUGAUGUUAAGGAGGUCCGUCCAUAUCUGAGGUUCACCACGGGCAACUUGAACAAUCCUCAUUAG